AUGGCAGAACCACCAACUCAGGCCCCUUCGCCCUCUAGUGUGCCAGACGCCGGUGACCCGUCCUUUAUGAUGCUAGCAUUUCAGUUAUUCCUAGCCUACGUCUUCCCCAUUUCCAGCUUCUUGUUCGUGGCCGCCGUGAUGUUCCUCGUCGUGUCUAUUUGCGAUUGCUACGAAACACGAGAAUGGAGGUCCAAGGUUGCGAGUUUCCUUAAUAAAAUCCCACAUGGCAUCUACGUCGUGCCGUCUUCUACUUCUCGACUGCCGUCGACUUCCGAUGACGUUCCCGAGCAUCAGCUGCAUCACUGCGUUAUAUGCAUGGAAGAGUACGCGGGCGGCGAGCAGCUGUGGGUCAUGCCGGCAUGCAAGCACGUGUUCCACGAGGCCUGCAUCAAGCAAUGGUUGCUUGAGCCAGCAUUGACUUGUCCCAUCUGUAGGGACCAUGUGAUCCAUGUAGAAGCCACCACUUCUGGCGGCGGCGGCGACGACGACGACAACAUCGAAACCCCGUUAUUGGUCGGAACACAGUGA